AUGUUUUCGUCAAAAAUACUACCUGUCUAUGAAUUGAAAACAAACAUUAAAAAGGAACAUCCGAAAACUUUUGCUGACAUUGAUUCCCAGGACCUUAUUCUUUGGAAAGUUGAAAUACCUUUUGAUAACGAGGCUAAGUUAGAAGUACUUAACAAUGCAUAUGUCAAUCGUUGUGAUUUUGAUAUAGAAAAAGGACUUGGCGGUCAAAAACUGGAGGCGACGACGAAGUGUCAGCAACUUGCUGGAAACAUACAUAUUAUAGUUGAAAAACCACUUGGUAAUAAUAAUAUCGAUAAUAUCAAAUUAAGACUUGUUUCUUUAUUGUCUAAUGACAUAGAAAAAUUUGUAUUUGAUAAAAUUGUACAAGAUUUCGAGGAUUUAUCUGUUUCAGAAAGAGAGUUUAAUAUUUAUCACCCAAAAGUUUUGACUCUUAAAUUUGCAAGGGAAAUGGGAUGCCUUAGAAAAGGAUAUCAAGUGGAAUAUCAUGGCAAUACUGUGGAAACUUCAACGUAUGAUGGCGAGCAUUUAAUUACAAAAGAUGGAACAAAAUGCAAAUCGUUUAUUGAAUUCAUAAAAAAGGCGGAUCCAAGUGUUGUAUCCUCGAAUCCAGAACACCAAGAGAAACUGAAAUUUAAUGGUGUGGCAUAUAAGGAUUUUCGCGCCCGAGUAUUCUUUAUUCAGAAGGUGUUACAAAUUACAGGCGAAGUCCUUUCCAGAACUCUUAUGAACUGA